AACGGUUCAAAGGUUCCUCGAAUGCGCUUGUAUCCUUCCUUAUUUAGUUAUCUAGUUUAAAGUUUCCAGCUUGAAGAACACGAUUAGAUAGAUUAGAUGUUUACAUGGUGCUCAUCACAUUGUAAUGCGAUAGAGCAAAGGUAAAGGUUCGUUAUUUAUUUUUCCUAACUAAUAGUCUUCAAGUCUUGACAGGUCCAUCACUAAGCUUACGCAACAUUUGUUUUUUGGCUUUUUUUUUUAUUACCGUUACCGGGAAACUACCAAGUCCAAUGUUUGUAGCAAACGUUGCAACAACGGCUCACGUCAAUCACUCACAUAUUAUCAGUACUCGUAUUAGUCGUAUAUCAUAAGAAUGUUUCAUUUAUUUAGACAUAUUCUCAGAAGUGUCACCACGAAAUAUGUUUCAAAAUUUUUGAAUCAUUUCAUUUUUCAACAUUUAAAAACGCUAUCUCAACGAGUCGCAGUUUUAUUUGUUUUUAAUGCAGCUAGUACCAUGAGAUGAGCGUGUGAAGAUGCAAAUGUAGAUUUACUCAAGUCUGAUAUUGAAGUAUACUCGAGUGAACUCAAUGCCCAAAUACUCAUGAGACUAAUCGAUUUGUAUUCGGGAGAAACGUGGACAGAGUGAGAAUUUUAUUCAGAAAUGCUUUUUGCUUCUCGAUGACAUCGCCCCUUAUUUCAGUUUUUCAUAUUGAAAAGGACUCGCCCUUGGAAAAUAUCGCGUCAUUGUUGCAAAAUAUUUUAAGAUCGUUUAAGUCACAAGACGCUGGCUCGUAUGACUUAAUUCAUCGCAAUCUUUUAGAAUUUUUAAACUUGUCACUGUUAACUGCUUUACUAGAGAUUUUGAUUGACUUGAGUACCUAGUGGUGUGAUUCCAUAGUUAUUUCGUAUUCAAAUGUGUAAGAUAGAAACCACGACUAAUUUUCAAUUUUCCCAUCAAGCUUCUUUUACGUACCGUCAGAUGGAUUACCUCACACUAAGUCGUGAAUGACGUCAGUUUAUUGUCUGCACACGAGUGAAACGCGGUUAAGACGGAUUUGCUCGAGUUUCAGCUUAUUGAAACGUUUUUCAGUAAAGUUCCAAUUUAGAAAACGUCGUUGAGACGAUGUCCUUUCAUUCUACUGGUUUUAUCUUCACCGGAAUCGCCUCUGUUGCGGUCCAUUAUAUUACUUUCACGGAGAUCUGCAUUAAAGAAAAAAUCCUGGAUGGGUUUCAUUAACAUGACCAGAAAACCUAUCAAAAACGACACCAUUGAGAAAAAGUCAACUCAAAUUCACUCCCGCCUUCUGAAGAACGGAUGAAAUUGUUUUAUUCGAUAUCUUCUGGAAGGUUACCUGCAGAGCGGUCCACUCUAAUUGGAGUAUGCAUGAAGGAGACUGUGCAUUAUCGAGUGACGCCAUCUGGUCGUGUAGUGUGCAUGGAUCAGCAUAAUUUCGAAUGGAAAUCAAAACAGGAAGGAUCCCCUGGUGGCGAUUCAUUUUCCCAAAGUCUGGAUCCCCUAUACAGUCGUCCCUGCGUCACAUCAACUGCACACGACCACCGAGUUGUUGGGUACAUCCGCACUUACGGGCUAUACAGUACAACAGCCCCCCGUAGGCCUUUUUUGGGCUUUUGUUGUUGUUUGAGGCGCCCAGCAGCAUCUAUUGCGCAAGUCUCACGUCGAAGGCGGGCCAGCACUCCAGCAGAGCCAACAAAAAGAAGAAAAAGUGUGACGGUGACAUGCCGUGCGAUCAGAAUGUUGUAAACAUUCGGGUUCAGGAUGACCACCUGACGCGUUCUCUCCAGUAGUUGCCAUUGCACCAAUCCUUUAAACAAAAAAGGAAAUAUUCAACUGGGACACAGGCCCUUUGAUAUAGCCUUGGGACUACAACAAAUCAUCCGACUCGUGUGUGUGUGUUGUACGAAACGUUUUGCUGCAAUCCAUUGAUCGUUUGGGAAACGUUUGAAGCAGUGAACAAUGACGUCGCUCAAGUGGAAAAUCGACUCGCCGUUUGCGGCUUUGCUGCUCCGACUGACUUUUCUACUUUCCGUGCCGCUCUUCCAGAACGAUGGCCGUGGAGUGGGAGCCAAUCCGGAUGCCAAGCGCCUCUACGACGACUUACUGAGUCAUUACAACCGAUUGAUUCGACCCGUGAGCAACAACUCGCAAGUCGUCACAGUCGGUCUCGGUCUCCACCUCACCCAACUCAUCGAUUUGGAUUUAAAGAACCAGAUCCUCACCACCAACGUCUGGGUCGAGCAUGAAUGGAAAGACUCCAAGUUGACUUGGGAUCCCGAAGAGUACGGUGGAGUCCGUGAAUUAAUGGUUCCGUCGGAGCACAUCUGGUUGCCGGAUCUGGUCCUCUACAACAACGCCGACGGUGAGUACGCGGUAACGACGAUGACGAAAGCCAUUCUGCACAGCGACGGCCACGUCAAAUGGAAUCCGCCAGCAAUUUUCAAAUCCUAUUGCGAGAUUGACGUCCGCUAUUUCCCGUUCGAUACUCAGACAUGCUUCAUGAAAUUCGGCUCCUGGUCGUACAGCGGUCUCCAAAUGAAUCUUAGGCAUCUGCAUUCACCCGACGAGGAUCUCGUUGAAAUCGGCAUGAAUUUAAAGGAUUACUACCCCAGCGGCGAGUGGGACAUUCUGAACGUUCCAGCCGAGCGUCACGCCAAGAAAUACGAUUGCUGUCCGGAAUUCUUUGUCGACAUUUACUUCAACAUCACUCUGCGGAGGAAGACGCUGUUCUACACGGUGAAUUUGAUUAUCCCGUGCGUGGGCAUCUCGUGCCUGUCGGUGUUGACUUUCUAUCUGCCGGCCGACUCUGGGGAAAAAGUGGCUCUUUGCAUUACCACUUUGCUGUCGCAGACCAUGUUCUUCCUGCUCAUGUCGGAAAUCAUCCCGUCAACCUCGCUGGCCAUGCCCCUCCUGGGCAAAUACCUGCUCUUCACCAUGUGUCUGGUGGGACUGUCUGUUCUCAUCACCAUCGUCAUCCUCAACGUCCGCUACCGUAAACCUUCCACCCACAAAAUCUCGCCGUGGGUCAGGCGCUUCUUCAUCCAGCAGUUGCCCAAAAUGCUCCUCAUGCGCAUACCCAAGGACUCGUCGACUUCGCUGCCCAACACUCCGUCCAUUGAGGCAACAUCGGGAGGAAUUUCAUCAAGUCUCAUGUUACAGCAGGACAACAAUGCGGCCGCCGCUCCCCGCCUGGCCUCGUCGUCAUCUGCACAGCAUCCAGCUCGAAUGACGUCAUCGCCAUCUAUUCGACGCUGGUCCCGCACGGCGUCGCCGUUUCACUUUGGCUCCCAGUUGCUUUGUGAAAUCAUCAACUACAAUUCCGUUCAGCAGCAACAGCAGCAGCAGCAGGAGAAUUAUUACCAGCAACAAUAUCCGCAUCCGCUUUGCGCAUCGCGACUUCCUCCGCCGCCACAGACGCCGUCGUCUCCCAUUUCAAUGAUAACGACCCUGCCGUUAUAUCCGCCUCCUCCGCCACCCCUUUCAUUCUUGCCGACUCAACCCCCACCACCACCCGGCCUCGCCUCUUCUUCUCAACUGACAUAUCCCCGGCGUUCCAGCACUCCCAGCGACGACGACAGCAGCCUGCGAUCCUGUUGCGAUGGAGCUGCCGCCGGUGCCAUGGCAACGGACGCCUCGAUGAUGGGCCGCGGCCGUGAUUGCGCCAUGAUGAUGACUUGCAGCCCAAACGAUGAUGAUGAUGACGGCAGCUUACUGAUGAGAAGACGACGUCGUCACAGCAGCGGCCUCCACCACCAGCGUCGCCGUCGCGUUCCCAAACGCUUUCCGCUGGAAUUGCAAAAGGCCAUCCGAGAUGUCCAGUUUAUCCAGAACCACAUGAAACGUGCCGACGAAUACGACGAAGAGGAUAACGAUUGGGGUUUCAUCGCCAUGGUAUUGGAUCGCUUCUUCUUGUGGGUCUUCACGGCCGCCUCCCUCUGCGGAACCAUAUCCAUCCUGUUCACGGCACCAGCCCUCUACGACGACUCGAGUCCCAUCAAUCUCAAAUACCUCGACCGAUUGGGAUUCUACUGACCGGUGGUCGGCUUGUCAACCUUAACACAAUCAUUUGACGUAACUAACCACAAAAGGCCGUGGGCUGGAGCACCGAUAUUAUUUUCCUUUGCAACCAGCCCCACGUACAUCAAUUUCAUCUCUCGUAUAUUAAUGUUGACACGAGUCAUUAGUGUGUCGUAGAAACAAGAAGACGUGGGUUAUAUAUAAAGCGAAAGCCUGCACGAUAUUUGUCGUAAUCAUAUCUCUAUACUACUAGACUCUUGUGUAUUAUAUGCUAGGAGAUUUUGGACGUAUAAAUAGCCCCUUCCUACACACACACACACACACACACAAAUACAAUGGCAGAUGAAGAAAGAAAAAGAAAAACCUUUUAGACGGUAUCCUGGGAGAUUGAGUGGGGGGGGGGGGAUUUUCCCAUCUCUUUUUUCUUUUUAUGUUGUUUCUAUACAUCAUCCGACUUCCAUCCCAUAAGCGGAAUAUCCACGGCUGCACACACAUUUCCUAUUCUCUUUUCCUCGGCUGAUAUAUACUCUAAGAAGCUUAUCGUAAUCAUGUUUUAUAUUGACGAGCAUUCAAUCUAGUCCGCAUGAUGGAUUCGCUCUCGUCUGUGCCGUCAUUUCAUUCAUCUGUUUUUUUGGGUUUUUCAUCCAUCGCAUAUUUUCAUUACGUGUAAUAUGUAAACGUUUCAAGCUGGAAGAUUUGUCUGUGUCGAAAAACAACGAAAAAAUAAAUUUGUUGAAUGUCAAA